AAAUCAAACCAGACCAAGCAAAUAAUGCAAGUAGGCUAACAAAACCUCAACACCCAGUCCCACUUUUCCCCUGUCCUGGACUCGCCUCAGACCACUCGAAAAAACACACACAAACAUAUAUAAACACACAGAGACACACACAGAGACACACACAUUUAAAACACAAAGGCAUAAACGGGUUUGUUAUUUGUUAAUGGUGUCUUUGAAUCAAAACCCACCCGAGAAUUUUUACUUGGAUCCUCAAAUGGGCAUGGCGCUUCCAAGUAUUGGAGGCUUUAAUGCUCAGUCGGGUGGGCUUAACCCGGGUCCGGAUGAUUUGUCCAAGAAGAUCCGAAAGCCUUAUACUAUUACGAAGUCUAGAGAGAGCUGGACUGAUCCUGAGCAUGACAAGUUUCUUGAAGCUCUUCAUCUCUUUGAUCGGGAUUGGAAAAAGAUAGAAGCGUUUAUUGGUUCAAAAACUGUCAUCCAGAUACGAAGUCAUGCACAGAAGUACUUCAUGAAGGUUCAGAAAAGUGGAACUAACGAACAUCUACCUCCACCAAGGCCAAAAAGAAAAGCUUCUCAUCCAUAUCCACAGAAAGCUUCUAAAAAUGCUCCUGUUCUCUCGCAACCCAAAUCCGCACAGACUUCUUCUCUACCUGAAGCUGGUUUCAUACGAAGGCCAGAGUCUUCUCCAUCAGUAAGGAAUCCUGCAGCAGGCACAACAGCUGUGUCUUCUCAGACUGAGAACUCUAUGCAGACAGUUGGUUUUACAAAUAUGACAAAAGGAGAUAUGAUAUCUGCUAGGCAGCCAAUGGCAAAUAAUUGUUGCAGUAGCACUGAAAGCGCACCAAGAACACAUCCAACAUGUGAAAUGAAUGAUCAAAGGAAUCAUGGGUCAUCAUUGAGAGUUCUGCCCGACUUUGCUGAGGUAUAUAGCUUCAUUGGCAGUGUUUUCGAUCCAAACACGAAAGGUCAUUUGCAGAAGCUUAAAGAAAUGGAUCCGAUAGAUGUUGAAACGGUGUUAUUGUUGAUGAGAAACCUCUCAAUCAAUUUGACCAGUCCCAAGUUUGAGGAUCAUAGGAAGUUGCUUUCGUCCUAUCAGAUCGAUGUCGAGAAGGAAAACACUGACGAUAUGGUUAAUAAUCUCCUAGAUGACCAAGCUGAUCAUAGUGCUCAACUCGGGUAGGCAACUGAAGAGUGAGUAUACACCUGCAAAAGAAUCUACCCUCUGUGUAUUUAUUUUGCUUCAGUAGUUGGUUUGGAAUGAGAUGCUGAUUUCAGCAAGUAUCAGGACCCAUGGUUGCAUGUUAGCGUGUAGAACUCGGCAAAACUUUAGGACAUUAGUUGCAUGUUGGUGUGCCAAACUCCGGCACAAGACUAUUUUCUUUGUUGUAAUAAGAGUACAAUACCGUGCUGUAAAAUCUUUUGUUGUGAAGCUAAAUAAACAUUGAUCUCUCUAAUUAUUUA